UUUUUACUUUCUAGACUGCAAAAAAAACCUAGUCUCUUAGUUACUGUAACUGUAACUUUACUGUAACUUUACUGUAACUUUACUGCACCAACAGGCCAAUAGGAGUUCUUUAUUAUUUUAUACAAUAAGGCUCCUUCACCUUCUUUUGUCCAGGUUAUGGGAGGUGUGUACUUUUAUGGUGUGGCUGCGUAUUUAAAAGUUUUACAAAGAAUGUUGCAUGUUGUACUUCAAGCUAAUCACAGCGUAACCACAGUAACCACCGCAGACUGUUUAUAAACACGACUCAUAUCAGUCAAAUUCUCUGACAUUUAAAACCUAUUACACAACAGAACACUUAGCUUUUUAGAUCGGCUACUGGAAGUAAGAACUACGUCUCCAAGUAUUCCUCUUCUUGGGUUCUACAGAGUGAUUUUAUGACUUUAUGUCUGUUUUGGGCCAUUAUUUCAGGCUAGUGUAUAUUUCUAACAUUUCAUCCAGAUCGUGACGUCUUCACUUCUUCAUCUUCUACCUCUUCAUCCUUUGUUACACAUGGCUUUGCAGUGACUCAUAUAGAGACAAGCGUUCGUACCUAUGGUUGACCGUCUAGGUGUGUAGAGUCGUGGUCACUGUGAACUUUGAACUCUCUUACUUCUAUCUUGUGUUUAUUAACAGAGGUUAUACAGGCGCUGGAAAUCUUCAAAACAGGUUCAAUUCAAACACCGUGUUCUCAAGAGUCCAAGAGUUCGUAAAGGAAUAUAUGCAUAAAGAUCAGCGGUGAUACUGUACGUGGAGACAUCAUGACCUGCUCGUUCACGGGUGUGUCCCCUGAUGGACUGCGACCCUGUGUUUUAGCUGUAAAACAGUGACAAUUCUGGAGAAAAUAUGAAGGUUGAAAAUUAAAAAACAUAGUACUUUAAAACUUAUUUACUUAAGUAAAUAUUUAUUAUAAUAUUUAUAAUAUUAUUUAUUUUAAGUAUUUUUUUAAAAAGUACUUUAAACUUAAAUAUAGAUUGAUUAUAUACUUAUGAAUUUCUGAUCCUGAUCAUUUUUUAAAAAUUUUUCUCUGUGAAUGUCUGUGUGUUAAACUUGAUAAAAAAUGUUCCUAACACUGAGUUCAGACGUGUUGAGAGUCCUGACAGAUUUGUGUGCUGCAGAAUGAAGUCAUACAUUUACACAGUUUCCUCCGCCUCAUGUUUAUGUUUGUGUAUGUUUAUACCUGUGUGUACAUGGGAGUCCCAGGCCUGUUGUUCUGCAGCCAGGGUGUGUUCGCAGCAGCAGCAGGGCGUGCGACACGAACGUCUGUGGCUGCUGACACUUGACAGAGGCGGGUCGUUGGGAGUUGAACCAGUUAGUCUGCUUCAUGUGGAGUAUUUGUCCUCCUGACUCGGCAGCACCUCGGCUCAGUCACAGCUGCAGAGCCAACGUUGGAGAACCUGCGCUGAGACUCUGACAACACGACAUGUGGGAUCCGCAAUCAUUCCAGAUGUAGUCCGGAUCAUAUCACUCAUGGAUUCCAGGCCCGGGUUCUUUGGUUUUCUCCAGAAGGAAUUUUCAUCAUUGCUGUGACACAAACACAAGGAUCAUGACAUACCACCGUAGAGGAAAGAGCCUCUCUGAGGCCCUCAACCUUGAACAUUCAGAGGAUGGUGGACUGUUCAUCUCCAGGAUCAACAACGCUUCUAGAAAGAAGGGUCUGAAGGAAGGGGAUAAACUAUUGGGAGCAACGAUUGAUUUUGAACAACUCUCGAAGGAAGAUGUGCUGAAAGUACUGCAAGUAAUGGAGCCCUUUGAUGACAAGGUCAAAGUCCUCACCAGGGGCAACCUGAGCAAGAGCCUUGGAGAUCUGGACCAGUGUGGCAAAAAAAGCCCCAAAACGAUGUUGGAGGAUUCUUACAACAAACUCUACAACACCAAAAUCAAGAGGUUCAUGAAGGACGACAUGCUGGGUGUUGGAGGAGGUGCUGUGAACGGUGGUCUAGGUGCGACGGGGUCAUCUAAGGUCAGCCUGAAACAUGACAUGGGAUUGCCUCGCCUUGGAGUUGACUUUGGACGUCUGAAAACGUACAGAUAUACCUCUACAAGUGAUGACGCUAAAUCAGAUUCUGAUUAUUAUUUGGCUACGUCACCCAGACAAAUGAACUUUGAUAGCAAUCUGAAUCUUCCUCCCUUGGGUCUUGGUGGAAGUUCUCAAAGUCAACAUCAGGUACCAGGGCUGAAAGCUGAGGGUCCACAGUUCAACACUACAGACUAUCAUUUCUCUGGAACACUGCCAGAAGGUGCAACUUUAAAUGCUGCAGGUGGUUUACAGCAGAACUUGAAGUUGCCAUACCAUGAAAGGCCUGAUACUGGACUGAACGACAACGAAAUUUCCAACACCCUCGAAAUUGAAGGUCCACGUAUUAGUUUGCCUGAAAGUGGAGUCAACUUAAAUGGAGGAAAUAUCGCAGGUGCAUCUGUUAACGCUAGAGCACCCAGACUGGACAUUGACAGAACCAAAACGAAUUUCAAGGUGCCACAAUUCGGGAUGCCAGAUGUGGACCUCCAUGGGCCUUCAAUGAGUGGCACAGAAUAUGAGAUUGAGACACCACGUGUCAGACGCACAGGUGAAGACUUACAAAAUGCUGAUUUCAAGUAUUCAAAGAGACUGAAGACGUCGGCUGUUGAUGUGGAUGAUCCUACUGGUUAUGCACAUUCACGUAAACUUCACUUAUCCGGAAGAACCCCUGAUAUAGACAUGGAAAUGCCAGACAUUUCCUCAGGGGGUGUUAAGAUGCCAACCAUCAGGCCAAAGAUUGAUCUUAAAAGUCCACAUUUUGAUGCUGAUGCAUCGGGUGGUCAACUCACUGGGCCCAACUUUGGCUCCGCAGGCACCGGUCUAUCUGGUAUUGAAACACCUGAAUAUGGCGUAAAAACACCGGUCAUCCGAGGUGACAUCCAAGCACCUGAUGUUAAUCUAUCCAAAAAGGUUGGAAAAGGUGUUUCUGGAAAAUACAAGCCUCCCAAAUUUACAAUGCCCAAAUUUGAUUUACCGGACAUUCCCGUCCCUGACUUUGAGGGAGAUCUAAGAAGGCCAGAUGUGCAUUUCUCUUCUCCCAAUGUCAAAUCUGGAACUUUCGAUCCAAAAAUGGACUUAAACUUUAGUGGGCCAUCUGGGAAACUAAAAAUGCCAAGUACUGGGAAACAAGGUAUUGAUUUGGACCUACCAAAUAUGGGCCUUAAUGCUCCUAAGAUGGAGGUAAAGACUCCAAAUGUUAAUAUUGGUUCUCCAAAACCAAAAUUUAAAAUGCCCAAAAUAAAGAUCCCUAAAUUUGGUCUAAGAGGAUCAGAUAUUGAUGUCAAUGCACCAGAUGUAAACCUUCGGGGUCCUAAAGCUGAUUUGGAAAUUCCAGAUGUUGAUGUUUCUGGUCGAUCGGGGAAAUACCAAAAGCCAAACCUGAACCUGCAUGAUUUGGAUAGUAGAAUAAAUCCUCCAGAUCUACAUAUGCCAGAAGGUGAUCUCAGUACCCCAGAGCUAGAUCUCAAUAGUCCACGUGUUGAUCUGGACAUGCCAUCAGGAAAAUUCAAAAUGCCAGAACUUAAUGCUCCAGACUGGGACAUCAAUGCUCCCUCAGGCAAACUGAAAAUGCCCAAAUUUCACGUACCAAGACUUAAGGGACCUAACAUUGAUGGAAACCUAGAUGGACCAGACAUGGAUAUAGAUGCACCUAAAGUCAACCUCCGAGGGCCUAAUGCUGAUUUGGAUGUUGAUGUUAAAGCUCCGUCAGGGAAAUUCAAAAUGCCAAACAUGAACAUGCCUAGAUUUGGUCUAAGAGGAUCAGAUAUUGAUGUCAAUGCACCAGAUAUAAACCUUAAGGGUCCUAAAGCUGAUUUGGAAAUUCCAGAUGUUGAUGUUUCUGGUCGAACAGGGAAAUUCCUAAAGCCAAACCUGAACCUGCCUGAUUUGGGUACUAGAAUAAAUCCUCCAGAUCUACAUAUGCCAGAAGGUGAUCUCAGUACCCCAGAGCUAGAUCUCAAUAGUCCACGUGUUGAUCUGGACAUGCCAUCAGGAAAAUUCAAAAUGCCAAACAUGAACAUGUCUAAAUUUGGUCUAAGAGGACCAGAUAUUGAUGUCAAUGCACCGGAUGUAAACCUUCGGGGUCCUAAAGCUGAUUUGGAAAUUCCAGAUGUUGAUGUUUCUGGUCGAUCGGGGAAAUACCAAAAGCCAAACCUGAACCUGCCUGAUUUGGGUACUAGAAUAAAUCCUCCAGAUCUACAUAUGCCAGAAGGUGAUCUCAGUACCCCAGAGCUAGAUCUCAAUAGUCCACGUGUUGAUAUGGACAUGCCAUCAGGAAAAUUCAAAAUGCCAAACAUGAACAUGUCUAAAUUUGGUCUAAGAGGACCAGAUAUUGAUGUCAAUGCACCGGAUGUAAACCUUCGGGGUCCUAAAGCUGAUUUGGAAAUUCCAGAUGUUGAUGUUUCUGGUCGAUCGGGGAAAUACCAAAAGCCAAACCUGAACCUGCCUGAUUUGGGUACUAGAAUAAAUCCUACAGAUCUACAUAUGCCAGAAGGUGAUCUCAGUACCCCAGAGCUAGAUCUCAAUAGUCCACGUGUUGAUAUGGACAUGCCAUCAGGAAAAUUCAAAAUGCCAAACAUGAACAUGCCUGAUCUUGGUGGUGGAAUUAAUUUACCAGACGUGAAUAUGCCCAAAUUUAAUGUCAAGAAACCAGAUCUGGACAUUGAUGCUCCAGGUGUUGAUCUAGACAUGCCAUCAGGAAAAUUCAAAAUGCCCAAAUUUACAAUCCCAAAUCUUAAGGGACCCAAGAUCGAUGGAAACCUAAAUGGACCAGAUAUUGAUAUAGAUGCUCCCAACGUCAAUCUCGAAGGUGAUUUAGACAUUGACGCUCCAUCAGGGAAAUUCAAAACACCAAAUGUGAGCAUGCCCAAUUUCAAGCUUUCUGGGCCUAACAUUGGUGGCCCAAAGCUGGACAUGAAAUCUCCUGACUGGGAUAUCUCUGCUCCAGAUCUUAGGGGUGGCGUAAAGGGACCAGGUCUUAAAAUGCCAGAGCUUGAUUUUAAAAGUCCCAAACUGGACAUGAAUUCUCCAAAACUCAACCUUGACAUGCCAUCAGGUAAACUGAAAACACCCACACUGCCAAAAGCAAAGACAGAGCUUCACGCUCCAGACUGGGAUCUAAAUGCUCCCUCAGCCAAAAUGAAAAUGCCCAAGUGGAAUUUUUCGGGUACAUUACCAAAGGGACCAAAUUUGGAUAUGAACACAGACUUAAAAUCACCAGAUUGGAGUCUUAAAUCACCAAGGAUUAAUAGUGGAAUUGAUGCGCCAGAUGUUAACCUACCAAAUAUGGACAUGAAAGCUCCUAAAUUAGAUGUGAAUGCUCCAAAUGUUAACAUUGGUUCCCCUAAAGGAAAAUUCAAACUGCCCAAAUUUAAAUUACCUAGCUUCAAUUUCCCAGGCCUCAAAGGGCCUGAAAUUGAUGGAAACCUAGAUAGUCCAGAUGUAGAUAUAAAUGCACCCAACGUUAACCUCAAAGGCCCCAAUGCUGACCUUGAUGUUAAAGCUCCAUCUGGGAAAUUCAAAUCACCAAACCUAAACUGGCCUAGGUUUGGAUUCUCUGGUCCCAACAUUGAUGGUCCAAAGUUGGACCUAAAGUCUCCUGACUUGAACAUCUCUGCUCCAGACCUGAGUGGUGGAUUAAAUGCACCAGACAUCAACAUGGCCAAACCGAAGGCAGAGUUUAACGCUCCAGACUGGGAUCUUAAUGCUCCUUCAGGUAAACUUAAAAUGCCCAAGUUGAAUCUUUCAGGCACAUUACCAAAGGGACCAAAUUUGGACAUGGAUGCAGAUCUGAAGUCACCAGACUUAAGGCUUAAAUCUCCUAAUGUAAGUGCUGGAUUUAACGCCCCUGAAAUUAACUUACCAAAGAUGGACCUCAAUGCUCCAAAGUUGAAUGUAAAAACUCCAGAUGUUGACAUAGGUUCACCCAAAACAAAAUUUAAGUUUCCAAAACUCAAGAUGCCGAAAUUUAGCUUUCCAGGCCUUAAAACCCCUGAGUUUGAUGGAAACAUCGAUGGACCAGAUGUAGAUAUAAAUGCACCCAACGUUAACCUCAAAGGCCCUAAUGCUGACUUGGAUGUUGAUGUUAAAGCUCCAUCUGGGAAAUUCAAAUCACCAAACCUAAACUGGCCUAAGUUUGGAUUCUCUGGUCCCAACAUUGAUGGCCCAAAGUUGGACCUUAAAUCUCCUGACUUGGAUAUCUCUGGUCCAGAUCUCAGGGGUGGAAUAACAGGACCAGAUUUAAAAACGCCAGACUUUGACCUAAAACAUCCUAAACUGGACAUUGAUUCUCCAAAGUUCAACUUAGACAUGCCAUCAGGUAAAUUCAAAAUGCCAGAACUUAAUGCUCCAGACUGGGACAUCAAUGCUCCCUCAGGCAAACUGAAAAUGCCCAAAUUUCACAUACCAAGCCUUAAGGGACCUAACAUUGAUGGAAACCUAGAUGGACCAGACAUGGAUAUAAAUGCACCUAAAGUCAACCUCCGAGGGCCUAAUGCUGAUUUGGAUGUUGAUGUUAAAGCCCCAUCAGGAAAAUUCAAAAUGCCAAACAUGAACAUGCCUAACUUUGGUCUAGGAGGACCAGAUAUUGAUGUCAAUGCACCAGAUGUAAACCUUAAGGGUCCUAAAGCUGAUUUGGAAAUUCCAGAUGUUGAUAUUUCUGGUCGAUCGGGGAAAUUCCAAAAGCCAAGCAUGAACAUGCCUGAUCUUGGUGGUGGAAUUAAUUUACCAGACUUGAAUAUGCCCAAAUUUAAUGUCAAGAAACCAGAUCUAGACAUUGAUGCUCCAGGUGUUGAUCUAGACAUGCCAUCAGGAAAACUGAAAAUGCCCAAAUUUAACAUACCUGGCUUUAAAGGACCCAAGAUUGAUGGCAGGUUAGAUGGUCCAGAUAUGGACAUCAAUGCACCUAACAUUGACAUUGAUGGCCCAAAUGCUGAUUUGGAUGUUGAUGUUAAAGCUCCAUCAGGAAAAUUCAAAAUGCCAAACUUUAACCUUCCUGAUUUGGAUGCUGAUGUUAAAGGUCCAUCAGGAAAAUUCAAAAUGCCAAACAUGAACAUGCCUGAUCUUGGUGGUGUAAUUAAUUUACCAGACGUGAAUAUGCCCAAAUUUAAUGUCAAGAAACCAGAUCUGGACAUUGAUGCUCCAGGUGUUGAUCUAGACAUGCCAUCAGGAAAACUGAAAAUGCCCAAAUUUAACAUACCCGGCUUUAAAGGACCCAAGAUUGAUGGCAGGUUAGAUGGUCCAGAUAUGGACAUCAAUGCACCUAACAUUGACAUCGAUGGCCCAAAUGCUGAUUUGGAUGUUGAUGUUAAAGCUCCGUCAGGGAAAUUCAAAAUGCCAAACAUGAACAUGCCUGAUCUUGGUGGUGUAAUUAAUUUACCAGACGUGAAUAUGCCCAAAUUUAAUGUCAAGAAACCAGAUCUGGACAUUGAUGCUCCAGGUGUUGAUCUAGACAUGCCAUCAGGAAAACUGAAAAUGCCCAAAUUUAACAUACCUGGCUUUAAAGGACCCAAGAUUGAUGGCAGGUUAGAUGGUCCAGAUAUGGACAUCAAUGCAACUAACAUUGACAUUGAUGGCCCAAAGUUGGACCUUAAAUCUCCUGACCUGGACACCUCUGCUCCAGACCUGAGUGGUGGAUUAAAUGCACCAGACAUAAACAUGCCCAAAGUUGACCUAAAAAGCCCUAAAUUUGACAUUAAUUCUCCAAAGCUCAACUUGGACAUCCCAACACUAUCUAAACCAAAGGCAAAGCUUCAUGGUCCAGACUGGGAUCUUAAUGCUCCUUCAGGUAAACUUAAAAUGCCCAAGUUAAAUCUUUCAGGCACAUUACCAAAGGGACCAAAUUUGGACAUGAAUACAGAUGUAAACCUUAAAGGGCCAAAGAUUGAAGGGGGCAUUAAUGGCCCUGAUAUGAACUUACCAGAAAUAGAUGUUAAUGCUCCAAAGGUAGACAUCAACACUCCAGAUUUUGACAUUGACUCACCAAAGGGAAAGUUUAAAAUGCCGAAACUGAAAAUGCCCAAAUUUAACCUACCAGGCAUCAAAACACCCGAGUUUGAUGGAAACCUAGAUGGACCGGAUGUAGAUAUAAAUGCCCCUCAAGUCAAUCUUAAAGGCUCCAAACCUGACUUUGAAAUGCCAAGAGUUGAUUUUGGUCAUUCAUACGAUAAAAUUAAUUUACCACAUUUAAAAAUUCCAGUUGUUGGAUUUACUUCUGGUGACUUGGAUGGUCCAGACAUUGACCUCAAGACAAGAGAUCUUAAUGCCAAACUUCCCAAAGGACCUAAUUUGAAGAUGAAUUCUGACUUUAAUUCACCAGAUGUCAACAUCAGAGCUCCACAUAUGAAAGGUGGAAUCAGUUCACCGAAGAUGGGUUUGCCAGAUAUAGAUAUUAAAUCUCCAAAAUUAGACAUAGAUACUCCAGAUGUCAACAUUGACUUACCUGAUGCAAAGCUCAAAAAACACAAAAUAAAGAAGCCCAAACUACCAGAUGUUAAUUUCCAAGGAGACGUACCAAAUUUAGACAUAAAUGGUCCAUCAGGAAAAUUAAAAAUGCCAAGUUUAAGUACACCAGACCUGAGUUUUUCUGCACCAAAGUCAAAAACCCUGGACACCAAUAUUUCCGUACCUAAACUUAAAGUGCCCACAAUAGGUACACCAGAUAUUAAUUUACCUGACGCCAGUUUAAAAAGACCCAAGAUAAAUAUGGACGCAAAUCGACCUGAUCUGGGAGUAAAUGGUAGCUUGGGUCGACCUGACAUAAACCUCAAUGCUCCUCAAGUCAGAGGAGGAUUCAACGCUCCAAGCUUUGACAUUAAUGGUCCUUCUGGCAACAUGCAGGUUCCUCAAACUGACCUUGAUCUGUCUGACAAAAAAUUCAAGUUUCCGUCUUUUAAGCUGCCUCAGUUUGGAAGCCCAGAUGUGAACACGACGGGGUCUGAUAUUGAUUUUGGGGCAUCCCUGAGACCGGCAAGAGUGGACAUUGCUCCUCCAAAUGUAAAAGCAAGUGUACCCUUAGAACUGGGGGGAGACAUCACAACUCCAUACAUUCGUGCUCCAAAUGUGGACGUUCAGCUGCCCAAAGCAGCCGUGAGAAAACCACAGAUUAAAUCUCCAGAACUUAAUUUAGAUGACGCGUCUUUAAACAUUAAGGGACCUUCACCAAAACAACGCAGAUCAGAUGGAACUGGUAUGAAUUUGAAAAUGCCAGAUCUGGAUAUAGACAGAGAUCUACGACUUCAUCACUCAGGAACAAUAUCAUAUAAAGACCCACAGGUUGAUUUUACUCGAUCGGACCUCAACAUUGACGAUUUUACAGGAAAGGAGCAUGUGCUGAGAGCCAGAGGUUCUAAACUAGACCUCCAGGGUUCUCAUAAGCUUGAAAAGGUCAACUCUCCAUCACGUGGCCAUAUUGAUGCCAGAGAAACUGUACAAACCAGAAAGGUACCGAGUGGUGACAUUAUCGUGUAUUCAAACCAGAACAGAACAAAACAACAGGAGGCUAAAAUCAAACUGCCACAGUUUUCUCAGAACAAUAACAUAAGAGUUCCCGAGAGUUCCGAUGGCUACUACGUCACUGUGUUCCCCAGUCAUACAGAAAAUCAGAAAACUUCAAAUCGUAAAUAUAACACACUGGGGGGCAUGGAGUUUAACUCGGGAGACAUUGAACUAGAGGUUCCAGGAGAAAAGGAUGUCAAGGGGUCAACAUUCUUCUUCUCUGACCUUGUCUAA